GUCAGGCCAGUUUGCAUGGCUUCAUCCUAAAGAUCAAGACCUCCAUAUGCUGCAGCAAUGGGACGUAUCUGAGUGCUUUGGAAUUUACGCUCGCCUUUGGGAUGCGAGAAAUAGCCGUUAACGGUCGUUUUACAGUCUGAACCAGGUGCACUGUGGGUAAAAAGUUGCGGUGUGUCAUUUGCGGCGAUGCUUGGAGGCAAAGACAACCCUGUGUGAUUCUGAUGAGCCGGAAAUUUGAAGAAAAGAUCUUUAAAAAGGGAAUCUCUGCCACAAAUUGGAACCAGAUUCUCUUUUGGACAUAACUUGCACACGUUUCUUUGAGGAGACUUACUGUGAGGGCAGAUUGGAUGCAUUUGUCACCGGAUACGAUGAACAUGGUGGAUGAUGGCUGCCUCUCAACGGACAACUACCAUGAUCUGGGUAAAGGCGGCGCUUCGGGGAUGGGAGGCCGCGUGCACAGCAUCGACGUGAUUCUGGGCUUCAGUAAGGACCAGGAUCCUCUGCUCAACCCGGUCGGGCCUGUCGGCACACACAAAGUGGAUGGAGCAGAUCUGGGAGACGAGGAGAAACAAGUGACCUCUGACCCCUACGGCCACCUGCAAAGCCUUCCGGAUAAUUCACAGCAGUCAGCUGCAUAUCACGAUACUGGACUUUACUCCACAGAGAAGUGUGAUGCAGAUUUGGGAGAGCCACGGAGCAAUGUGGAGAGCGACAGUCGCUCACCGGACGCUCCUGAUGAGGAUCAACCGAAAAAGAAACACAGACGGAACAGAACCACCUUCACCACCUAUCAGUUACAUGAGCUGGAGCGCGCUUUUGAGAAAUCCCACUACCCAGAUGUGUACAGCCGAGAAGAGCUGGCUAUGAAAGUCAACCUCCCAGAAGUUCGUGUUCAGGUUUGGUUCCAGAAUCGACGUGCAAAAUGGCGGCGACAAGAAAAAAUGGACACGGGAAGCAUGAAGCUCCAUGACUCGCCUAUGCUGUCCUUCAACCGAGCAACCAUGGCGCCCAACGUAGGGCCAAUGACUAACUCUCUUCCUCUGGACCCCUGGUUGUCCUCGCCGCUCUCCAGUGCCACUCCCAUGCACAGCAUCCCGGGCUUCAUGGGACCCGGCCAAAGCCUCCAGCCCACCUAUACGGGCCACCCUGGCUUCCUCAACACUUCUCCAGGCAUGGUGCAGGGAAUGCAACCCAUGCCACCACCUCCUUACCAGUGUCCAUUUAAUGACAAAUACCCAAACAUGGACCAUGGCUCUAGCAUCGCAGCUUUGAGGAUGAAGGCCAAGGAGCACAUUCAGUCCAUGGACAAAACCUGGCAACCCAUGUAAUGGGAAAAUGGGGAGCCAGUGUUAUAAUAUUUUAUUGGGAUCUCAUAGACAUUUGGAUGCAUUUUCUGCAGUUUUUUCCACGGAAUGGGGAUACUUCUACACUAUUACCGCUGGGUUUUUUUUAGACCACAGGUUAAAGCGAUCUUGUCCCCCCCCGGAAUGCAAUUAGAAUAGAAAUUGGGCUGUAUUUUUUUUUGUGCAGACCUGGCAACCAUGACAACAAAGCACAGACUGUUUAGGAUUGUGGCGUCUACAGUAAGGUGUUUCUUACUUCUACAAAUGUCGAGCUCCUUAGGAUUCUGGGUUUCAGUCGGUGCCAAGCUUCUCUGCUUCUCCAGGUUGAAGACUCGCAAUAGCAAGUUUGGCCCAUUGGCAAUUUAACAGGACAGCGCAGCUCAGGACAACUGAUACCUCAAUGCCUGUUCAGAGCUUACAUUCAUGUUCUACCAUCUAGACAUGAAAAGUGAUUUGAAGAAAUCACUUGACUUUGAUUUAAAGGAAAGGACUUUGAUCAAAAAAACUUAAACUUAGAUACAGAAUCAUUUUUGAAUUGUAACUUUAAAUGAGUAUUUGCAUUAUCAAGCCAUGGUGUGAAGAUAUCACAUAUGUCACCCUUGCCACAGUCCUGUUUGCCAUUCAACAUGAUCAUAUAGUCAUAUAAAAUGAGUCUGAGGUUUAACGUUUCAGUGUCUGUGGGGUCUAUUUCAAGCACUGAUGGUCAAAUGUCUCAAAAGGUGAAUUUUAUGAAGAAAGUCAUAUUUCACCCCCAAAACAAGAGGACAUUAUAAGAUAUUAUAAAUCUGCACAAAGAAAAUUAAGCCUAUUUUAUUAUGUAUUUUUGACCCGAAGUUCUCAUUACUGUAAUGCUGUAACAUC